AUGCCUUUUUAUGAGGUUCACCACUCUUAUCCUCUCAACAAGGACCAACGGCAACAGUUUGCCCAAGCCAUCACUCAGCUCCACUGCAAAGCUUUCAAGACUCCUACGUUCUUUGUCCAUGUGCGCUUUUUUGCCGAAGUAAACAGCGAGAAUGUCUAUUUUAUUGGCGGCAGAUCUCAGCUCGCCUCCAACAGGAUUUCCGGAAAUGUUCGUGUAUCUCCUAUGCGCUCCAAGGCAGAUUUUGAUGAGCUUGCAAUUAAAAUAGAAGCUGCUUGGUAUGAUACGCUGAAAUUGAUUUCACCUGCUGAAAAGGCGACGUGGAAUGGCGAAGAUGAACAGAAGAGGUUGAUCAUGGUCAAGUUUGUCCCGUUGGUGACCGGCCGGGAGGUAGGAAUGAACGCACCAGAGGCUGGGAAGGAGGGGAACUGGCUUAAGGAUCAGGUGACCUAUGUUGAAUCUAUGGCAAAUAAGGGAGUAGGAGGGUUUGCAGAUAUGUUGGCUGAAGUAAAAGGGCUCAUAGAGUAG